CGUUGUGCUAGCUGCCAUGAAGGUCGUUACCACCUUUCACCCGGCCUCAUCUGUCGUAGAUUCGCUCAAAUUUAGGUUUAAAGAUGAGCAACCCUCAGAGUUUCUUGUCGUUGCAAAGCCAAAUAGGCUUGAUAUCUAUGCGCUACUUCCAGAAGGACUCCGUCAUCAACAGGGUCUUGAUAUCUGGGGAAGAGUCAGAGUUAUCAGAGCUGUGCCAGUCUUGAGCAGGAGCAGUAUCAGCCUGCUCGUGCUUACUGAUCACCCGGAACCAGAGCUUAUAUUCCUAUCUUUUACUGUGAAUGGCGCAGGAUCAACGGGGAUUACUGUCACGAAAUAUCUCUCAUUGUUUGAGCACAGUGCUCGGCCAGCAGAAUUCUGCCACACUCUUCUAGUCGAUCCUUCAGGGGGUGUGGCUGUCGUGAGUGCGUACACAGGCAAGCUCAAGGUCGUGGUGCUUGACCAAGACGGAGGAUAUGACCGUGACUUUGAUGCAUCGAUAACUGAGCUCAACCUUCUGGACAUUACUUUUGUAUCAACAUCUCGGGAUAUGUAUACCUUGGCAAUGAUGCACAUCGACUACCAACAACGCCUCCAGCUUCUUACUCGUGACCUUUCUAUUGAGGACCUCCAACUUUCCCCGUUACCCUCGCCACUCCUUCCCUCACUCCCUGUCCCAGGCAAACUGUUUAGUACAGUCAUGGACGACGAUGGAACCCCUACUAUCAUAUACAUCCCCUCCUACAAGGAUGACGACGAUGAUUUUGAAGGCGGUAUCCUCAUUAUUGGUGGGCGAAAGAUCAUGCUGUAUGAUUUUGUGGACGUCGAAACACGGGCGAAGAGGGAGAGCAAGAAGAAACGUGCAGAUAAGAGGAAAACUACUGGAGAUGCAGAAGCAAAUAAUAAAGAGAAGGGGGUGGAGUGGAAGAAGAGGAAAGCUAGAGCCGUAGUAGAAUGGCCAUGGGCAGAAGUCACUGCAUGGUGUCGUGUUGACGAUAAGGAGCGGAAGUACUUGAUUGGGGACCGCUAUGGAAGGCUCGCGUUGCUUUCGAUAAACCUUUCUGGAGGCACGACGCUGACAUUGAUGGCACUCGGAGAGACGUCUGCAUCAACCACAUUAACCUACCUUGCUAAUCAAGUUUUCUAUAACGGCUCGCAUUUUGGUAGCUCGCAGUUGCUCCAGAUUACCACUACUCCAUCUUUUGCGCUCGACGCCCCCACAUUGCCUGUUCCAUCCACGAUAUCGACCAUCAACCCUAACGCUCUCAACUCCUAUAUGUCAGGUAGAGACAACGACGUAUCGGGUUAUAUCGUCGUUGGAAUGGGGAGUUACGUCACCGAGCUGGAGUCCUUCAACAAUCUCGCUCCAAUACUUGACGCUGUGUUGAUUGACACAGAUGGCAGCGGACAGAACGAAAUUGUAACAUGUUCUGGUGGCAGAAGCACGGGGAGCAUCAAAGUCAUACGGAGUGGCGCUGACUUUUCCGAGAAAGCGAUAGUCCAGGGGCUCGGGAAUGUCACCCAUAUCUGGCCAUUGAAAGAGAUGUACUGUGCACCCGAUUAUGCACACGUUGUGGUCUCAACUCUGCAGGAAACGCACGUUUUUCGUUUUGACAAUGCUUCAUCAAUCUCCAGUAUCAACGGUGACAAGAACACCGGUUUUAUCACCGAUUUACCUACCAUCGCAGUCUCAAAUAUCCUUCGACGCACGCGCAACGCGGAAAACAAGUCCGACUAUCUAGACUCUAGGUUUGUUAUACAGGUCGUUUCGAAGGGCCUGCUAUUGCUUGAGUAUGACCCCGGCGUGCGACAGUACUCGAGAGCUACCGAACUAUGGACCUUGGAAAAGUUCGCGGAUCCUGGUAAGGAGGGACUGUGGAAGGGGCGAGAGAUUGUAGCUGCGAAUGUCAAUGCGAGCCAGGUUGUGCUUGCACUCAACUGGGGGAGGGUUGUGGUGCUGACUCUGAAUGUGGAUGAAAAGCGAUUUAUUAAGCUGAGGGAGCGCAACUUUGUGCACAAUAAUCGUGAUGCGGAGAUUUCAGCAGUUUCGUGUCUUCCGCAGGAUCCAGCCAAGCCCUUCGCGUUAAAUAUUGUGGUCGGAUUCUGGACAUCUAAGCAUGUCGAGAUACUCUCACUGAGACCUACAGAUGGAACCAUGCCCACAAUUGCAACGACCCCUGUAUUCUCCUCUGCACCCCGCUCACUGCUGUUGUACAAUUUCACGUCUGGUGACUCCAAGCUGUCAAAUGUACACCUACUCAUUGGGCUCACGGAUGGUUCUAUCGCGUCAUUUGUGUAUCGAAAUGAUCAACUACUUGACCAGAAAGUGGUUUCCAUUGGAAGUCUUCCCGUAACAAUGCGUUCGUGUCGGAUCGGUACGAGACAAACAGUGCUUGCAUGUGGAAGCCGGACAGCCAUUUUAUUCUGGGAAAAAGAGAGGUUGAUGUAUUCGCCACUUAUACUCAAGGAUGUGACAGCUGCAGCGGAAUUGAGUACAAGUGCUUACCCAUCGUCCAUAGUCCUUGCCAACUCCGAUGGCCUGGUCUUCGGGAACGUGAACAACUUCGAUAAAUUGCAUAUUCGCUCUAUACCUCUCGGCCUCAAUAAUCCCUUGCGCGUUACGCAUAUUCCUGCGCUUAGAAUUUUUGCCGUCGCAUGUCGUUGCGUAACCCCGGCUCGUAUCGGCGAUUUGGAGGAUAUCAGGGGCUCCAUACAAGUCUUUGACGACAUAUCGUUUAAUAAGCUCGGGCAUUUCAAUCUGGAGCAAGGCGAGGAACCGACGUCAAUGCUGUCCUUCACAACGAAUUCCGGAUCGUAUCUGUGUGUAGCAGCGGUGACACUCGAAGAUGAAGACACCGAAGCCUCCAAGGGACGCAUCUUUGUUCUGGAAAUGACGUCGAACGCAUUGCAGGUAAACAUGUCUGUCGCAACAUCGUAUGACGUCAAGGGAUGUCCCUACGCUUUGACUUCCGUGAAUUCUAUGAUCGCUGCGGCAGUUAAUAGCAUGGUCGUUGUCUUCAAGAUGGACACUGGGAGCGGAAAUAUGAUAAUGGCGAAAAUAGCAACCUGGAACCCCAACUAUCUAGUGACAAGUCUCGUGUCUCGCGGCGAUAUCAUUCUGUUAGGUGAUGCAAUCAGCUCGAUCUCGAUGUUGCGGCUCGAGGACAACCGACUGCACUUGAUUGCCAGAGAUUAUGGCGCACUAUGGCCCACCUGUGUCGAGCUCACAAGCAACUCCACCUUGAUUGGUGCAAAUAGUGAAUACAACCUUUAUACAUUCAGUCUCCAGAACUCGGGCACGCGGCAGCUCCUGGAAAGAGACGGAAAUUAUUUCCUUGGGGACUUGGUCAACAAGUUCCUGCCUGGUACACUGUCGUCUCAGGAGGUUUCGCUCGAUGCGCCGAUGCAGCCCCAACAGUUGUUCUUCACGUCUGCCGGCCUUAUCGGUGCGAUCAUCGAUCUUGCCGAUGACCUUGCAUUGGACCUCACUGGCCUUCAACGUAACCUGUCUAACUAUAUCCAGAAACAGGAAGGGCCGAAUCACACAAGGUACCGCACGCCAAAGAAUGUCCGCGGUCGCAGUGACGCGGAUGCGUCGUCUUUCGGGUUCCUCGAUGGCGACUUCCUGGAGCGCUUCUUACAGUUUGUGGGAAACCCGCAAGCGCUCAAGCGGAUCAUGGAUGGACAAAGUGAGCCGGAAAAACUCACGAUAUCGGCGGACAGGAUUCAGAAGGUGCUUGAGAGCAUGCAAAGCAUGCAUUGAUCGAGCGAGG